CACCAUUGCGAGGCUCGCGAGCCCUAGAAGUGCGCUACACUCCACAAGCCACUCCACGCCGCCCGGCUCCGCUCCGUUCCGCUCCGUCCCGCUCCGCUCGGGCUCGGCUUCGCCAGGCUUGUUCCGCGUUGGGCCGAGGCUGCCGCCGCAGAGGCAGAGGCCUGGCCUAGGGCCUGGUGGAUGUCGCUCCCGGUGGCGCCGUCGCUGCUCGCCAGCCUCCACGAACAUGGGUCGGACCCCGCCCCCCACGGCGCGCACGGCCUGCUCCCCGAGCUGAGUGUGGCCGACCUGGCCAUGUCCCUCAGCCCCAAACACCACCAGCACCAGCAGCACUUGCAGCAGCACCAACAGCAGCACCAGCAUCCGGCGCAUUCAACGCCCUUCUCCGUCACCGACAUCCUGAGCCCGAUGGACGAGUUCAGGAAGCUGGAGCUUUCCGGCGCCGGGUCUAGCAGCUCAUCUGCCGGCACGCCCGCCCCGGCGCCAAACCCGGCGCCCUACUUCCCUCCCCAGUACUGCGCCCCGGAACUCGCGUACGGCGAUGUCCGGGGCCCAGCCGCGGGCUGGUAUGGGACCGCCGGCGACCCUCGCUUCGCAAGAUCGUACCUGGACCAGAAACAAUGUUGGGAGGAAGGAGGACGGAGUCUGGCCAUCGUGUCCCGGCUGAUGAGCUCUUCAACGGCAUCCAUGAAUAUGAACAUGAACAUGGGCAAUGCCAUGGGCCUGUCCACAUGUUCAGUGACAGGCGAAACCAAACCCAUGCAGUUCCCCCUGACCCAGAGGAGAAAGCGCCGAGUCCUAUUUACGCAAGCUCAGGUUUAUGAGCUGGAAAGAAGAUUUAAGCAACAGAAGUACCUGUCCGCUCCUGAAAGGGAGCAUUUAGCGAGUCUUAUACACCUGACGCCCACACAAGUCAAGAUUUGGUUCCAAAACCACAGGUAUAAAUGCAAGAGACAAGCCAAGGAGAAGGCUAUGGCGGAACAGAACGCACAGAACCAGGAGCAGAGUUCACCCAGAAGAGUGGCGGUGCCAGUGCUCGUCAAAGACGGGAAGCCCUGCUCUGAGGGUGGUGGAGGCGGUGGAGCCAACAGGAGUGGCGGUCCGUGUGGCCACAGCCCGGGCCUCGCCCCCAGCCUAGGGCCACAUCCUCAGCAGCAGCAGCAACAACAACAACAGCAACAGCAGCAACAGCAACAGCACCAGCACCAGCAGCAGCAACAGCAGCAACAGCAAGCGUGCUCUAGCACAGCAGCACUCCUCAGCAAUAUGGCAUAUCAGAGACAGAACUUGCAACACCACCAACAGCAGGCCAAUAUGUGCCCUUCGUACGAAGUCAAGUACCUACCUCUGCAGGGCAGGGCGUGGUGAGGUGCAGUGGCGUGUGCAGACCCUACCGACAACCCCUCAUAAGACCUCCACUGUGCGUGCACCCCAGCGCCUCCUACUAAAAAAAACCGUCCGGGCUAGGAGAAGCUACAAGAUCGUACUUAAGCACUUAUACUGGCCAAUUCAAUUGCUUAGUCGUAAGUUGUAUUUCUAUGUUGUCCUCCAGAGUUAUUAAUCACUUUCCUACUCGCAAUAAUUUAUUCUUUGGGGAUUUUUUUACAUAAGUUUGAGUACGUUGAUGUGUUUGUUAGUGAUGUUGUUUUCUUAAUGAGCAGGUACUUACUGUUAGGUUUAAAUCAAAAUUCCAAAAAUGUUGCCUCAAUUUUGUCAAUGUUCUGGGUUAAAGUAUGUGGAUUAGGGGGAGAAUAUCGCAUAGCGUCAUCUGGAAAUUAAGACGAUGUAAAUUUUGUGUUAGUUUCAAGAGUCUACAAAUGUAUUCUACGGGUUUAUUUUUAAUAACAUCCGUCCAUGAGGGCAGCCAUGUUAGGAAAGUUCAAUGUUGACUGUCGCUACUUACCAAAGGGAAAAUCUGUACUGUAUCGGCUAAUUUUUGCUUUACAUUCGAAAAAAUAACUAGGAACGGGUGUCGAUACCUCAGAGCGAAAACCGCUCAGUCUACCGAAG